AUGCAGGCUUCACCGAGCCCCUCUGAGCCUGGCGGAGGAUAUGCGACGAGGAGAGGCCAUGUACCUCACCUGUCGAUCAGUGACCCGAGUCACCAUGUCACCGAAGCCAUCGGCCAUAUGUACGAUGACGAUUACGACAAACGGGACUCCAGGCGCCUUAGUUUCAUAUCCUCCCCGUUGAGCGAAUCCAUCACGAUCAUCCCCACCAAACUUGCCGGCUGCGAAUCCCCUACCUCCCCACAGUCACUCCAAGUCCAGCCUCGCUUGAACGAAUCUAAGAAUCUGCCGCCCAACGGGCAGUCAUGGUCGCACGGAGCCAGGUCCGCAGAAAGCAGCCCGACAUCUCCGGCGUCAACCACAUCUCCCGGAUCAACAGACACGGCUACCACCUCCUUCCCCUUGAACGAUGUCGACUAUGAGUCCGACCCGGCCGCUGUAGCACAGGAACUGAGUAACUUGGCCGCAAUUCGGCGGAUGUCUAUGGACGUUGCAGCUACCGAUGACCCCGAUCUCCCGAGUUUCUCCGUGCCAUCCAUCGCGCCCUCCCCCUCCGACGACGAAAAUGAUGCCUCGCGACUGUUUUGGGUUCCGGCCCGUUUACACCCGGAGCUGGCUCCGAAGGAGUUCAGGUCUUUUCUGGAGAGCAAGGCCGAGCAGAUCAAGCGGAAAUCCGGCGAUUUUUCUGCAUUGGGCCCUGAGCGUGAAGGAUCAAUAGGGGGGUUGAGGCGAAAGCGGUCCAUGUUGUCCAGGCAAAUCGACACCCCCCAGGGCUAUACGGAUGGCGCCGAGCGACUCGAACGCAAACGUUCACAAUCGAAGCGUGAUUCGUUGACUCCCAACCUCCAUGAACUAGAAACUAUAGUGGACGAUUCACAACCGCGGGCACCCAACGCAACGACUAUCCUCGAUGGAAUUCAGAAGCUUGGGAUCUCUGCCGAUGAAGAUAUACCUAUCCUUCCUCCUGCACCUCCGGGACACAGCCUCAGACGCUCGACAAGAACUCAGUAUAGGAAGGCGGGAAGCUUAAAGAAGGGCGAAAAGGCACCAUAUUCGAAGCGCGUGGCGAAGGCUUCCGAGACACAUGAACCGCUCACGUCGCCCACUGCCGCGUCUAGCGGUCAAGCGAGUCAGGGUCUGGCACGGGUGUCCACCGAUCCCACUCCCAGUGUAACACGAGCUCAAGCCUCGGCCAAGCCGACGCAAGGCGCACCACAGACUCCUAGCACGACAGCUAGCUCCACCAUUGACUCAGCCAAGGAACCUUCACAAUCAGUGAAUGAUCGCUCUGACCCGGCCUUGUCAGACCCAUCUAGCAGGGCAAAUGCCCCGCAACAGUCUCGCCAAUGGCACUCACGCAUCAGUUCCAAUGGACGGUCAACUAUGAACGUGGCCCCUACAGAACAGAAGAUACCCGAGAUUAUCGAAACGCCUCCUCCUGGAACUCCUGCCACGCCUUCUGCCACGCCUUCUGCCCCAAGCCCACAACCAAGCGUUCCUCCGAAAGGAACGGUGGCUCAGGAUCGAGCUCAGGAUCGAAGCUCCAGUAAACGGGCAUUACAUGGACGCACACAUGGCAAGGAGCCUGCUCCCAGCUUCAAUGAAUUUGCCAACACCCCGCAAGCUCUUCCCGGCAACACCACCCGGACCGACAAUCUUUCCUAUAUUCCGACUUUCGAGGAUCGCAAGGCUGAAUCCAAGGAAUCGAAGGAGUCCAAGAAGUCGAAAGAUAAAAAAGAGUCAGAGGGUGGUCGCAAAUCGAGCUGGCACUGGCUGCUGGGUACCGAGGAUAAGGACAAAGACAAGGAAAAGAAGCGGGACAAGGAGAGCGAUUCCAAAAAGCUCAAGGCGAAGUUGGCGGAUAAAGUCCAUGAGACGGCGCAUGCCCUGCCAUCAUCGAACGAUACCAGUCCGCGAGGACGCGAAAGCGUUGCCGUGGAUCGGCUGGAUCCCAAGCUGGAAGAGGAGCGCCGGAAAGACAAUGCACGACGGACCUCUGGUGAAUCCAAGAAAGAGAAAGAGUCUGGGUUGUUCUCGUCCAUCUUCGGCGGUAGCCGGAAGAAGAGCAGUGGUGACAGUGGCCACCACCACCACCACCAUCAUCACAAGAAGAGCGCGUCCCGAAACCUGUCACCUGACCCGCCUGUCCGUGAGCUGCGGCCGGAUGUUGAUUACGCCUGGACUCGCUUUUCGAUCCUAGAAGAAAGAGCCAUUUAUCGGAUGGCUCACAUCAAGCUCGCGAACCCUCGACGCGCUCUGUACUCCCAAGUCCUGCUCAGCAACUUCAUGUACUCGUACUUGGCCAAAGUUCAGCAGAUGCAUCCACACAUGAUGCUGGCAACGUCCGCGGCGCAAAGGCAGCAGCAAAAGCAGCAACAGGAAUACCAACAACAACAACAAUACCAACAAUAUCAAGAGUCUCAGGAACAACAAUAUACAGAUAGUUCCUACGACGAUCCUCAAAUGUACGAAUAUAACGACGACUCGCAAGAUCAUUACGGCGCCCAUUCGCAGAAUAGCAAAGGUGGCUAUGAGAAUGGGAAUGCAUAUGGUCCGGGGCAUUAUCAAUAUGGUCACUCGACAUUUGGCGAUGAUGUUCAGCUUGACGAUGACGAUGACGAUAUGUGGUGA